AUGUUGAUCUACAUUUGGAUGAAGGCAUGGAACAGGUCAGUAAAAGCAUUGUGUAUACUCGAGUCCUGAACGAAAGCUAGGGUUGACUCACUAAUUACUUGAGUUUACUAGAUGAAGUUUACAUUAUAAAGUUGGAACUGUCGAUGAAAUCAAAAUUGCGGGAAAUUUACAAUGAUAGAAACACGUGAACGAAGGGAUUUGAACCCAUGCAGUCCCAGAAGACCGGUCCGAUUCCCUAAAUUCUAACCCAAGGGGGAUAGCCAAGUCCAUGUUUGUACAAAAUUUUGUUUUCACGAGAAAUCCUCGUGACGAAUUUGACAUCACGGGAUUCAAAAACGCCGUGACCUCAUCUUGAAGAAGCGAUGUUCUUACAAAAUGAAGUGAACAUUUUCUUCUUUGAUGGGUUGCUGCAUAUUUUACGCUUUAGUUUACAUCAUAUAUUUUCUGAGGAAUAAUUUAAGUUGAGUUUAUGUGGUAAGGACUAGUUUGUCAAGAACAUGAGUUCGUUUGCAUGAGUUAAGGUGUGCAAAAUAAAGAACGUUAUAAACUUUCCCUGCCGUCGUCCACGAUGCAAGACCUGUGACCAUACCAACCCAGCCUCCCAGAUCAACACCCCCGGUGGACCUCUGACCAUACGGCAGAGGUUCUCAUGCAUGACAAGUAACCUCGUGUAUAUCAUAACUUGUCGGGCAUGCACUCUGUCGUACGUUGGCGAAACCGGACGCAGGCUUGGGGACAGGUUCUGCGAACACCUCCGAUCUGUCUCAAAGAAAGCUGACCUACCCGUUGCUAUACAUUUUUCCUCCCCCGGUCACACAACAGAUGAUAUGAUGGUAGCUGUUGUUCGAGCGGGUCUUCACAACACCAGGGACAGACGUAGAUCGGAGGGCCGCCGAAUUUUUAAAUGCAAAACUCUACAGCCACGCGGCAUAAGCAUUCCUUUAAUCUUUAAUCUUCAAUCACAGUUCGUAACCAUACAUAACUGAUACAAAUGAACUAAUACUAACAUAUACAAUCGAACAAAAAUACAAAAAUGGUUAACAGGACGGUAGUAGGGGGAAACAAAAUUCCCAUGCUAAGACAUACCCUCCAAAAAAGAAAAAAGAAAAAAAAUUAAAAAAUUAAUUAAUUAAUAUAUCAACAUAUAUUAAAAGACUAUAAAUUAGACUAUAAAUUAUAAACCUAGAUGCCUAAUAAUAAUGCAUAAACUUAUAUUAAAGACACUAUGCCUAGUAUUAUAAGGUAAAUUAUGAGCGAAGGUACUUAAUCAGUGAAACUUUAAAAGACUGAAGGCUAGAAGAUAACAUUACUUCAGAAGGCAAAGAGUUCCAAUCAUUAAUAUAUCUAUGAAAAAAUGAAUAUUUAAAAUAAUUUGUACGGGCAACUUUAGGCUUAUUUUAUACUCAUGCUUACUUCUAGUUCGAGUUAUUCCAAUAAUAUCAAAGUAAUGAUGGCAAUUGAUAUCACAGUAACCAAAUAUAAUCUUAUACAUUUAAACUAGGCUAAGAUAUUUCCCUCUCAGUUCUAAAGAGUCCCGUUUUAACUCUAGAAGUCUUUCAGGAUAUUCUUUGUCGGGGCCCACAUAUUAGUCGGGACGCUCUUCUCUGAAUUGCUUCGAUUGCCUUGGUGUGCUUCACCAGAUAAGGGUUCCAGACUGGGCAGGCGUACUCAAGGAUAGGUAUCACUAGCACCUUGAAAGCUGUCUUGAUAUCAGUCUUGUUUGAAUAACCAAAUGUCCUUUUAAUCAAGCCCAACACCUUGUUAGCUUUAGCACAAAUUGAGUUAAUGUGAUAAUCCCAUGAUAAAGACGACUCCAACCAAAGUCCCAGGUGUUUGUGGUGGUCCACUUCCGGUAGUAAGAAGUUAUUCAACGAAUAUUGACAUCUUAUUGGAUCUUUCUUCCGUGUAAUGUGUAGACUUCACACUUCUCGGUCUUAAGAGUAACAAGCCAACUCUUGCACCAUUCAGAGGCAGAAGUCAAAUCCUCUUGAAGUAGAUCGCAAUCCGAUCUAUUUUCUAAGUGUCGAUGAAGGACAGUAUCGUCAGCAAACAAAUCUGAGUUGCAAGUUACUGAGUAAGGAAGAUCGUUGACGUAUGCAAGGAACAGCAAAGGCCGAAGUAUACUGCCUUGGGGCACACCAGAUGUAACACUUAACCAGUCAGAUGCUUGACCCUCAAUCACUACACGCUGUUUCCUUGACGUGAGAAAAUAAACAUUGACUUCAAUUUUAUUUGAGCGAACUCUUCCAGCGCGCGUUUCAAAUGUUGCCACAUUUGAAUAAAAUGACGCGCAUUCAGUGUAACGGCAUCUUCCACUGAUGAAGGGACAGUAGUCCCGAAGCGUCUGGAUUUUCAAACAUUUUAGCGCUAAGGACACUAAGACAAAUUUUAAUUGUAAUCAACUUAUCAGCGCUACACAGUUCCUAACCAUGUUUUGAUCCUGACUGAAAUAACGUUAUAGCCUGGGUCUAUCCUCCGCAGUAAGAGAAAAAGACAAGAAACGAGGUGAAACAGAGCGCCACCCUUUCCCCAUCCCAGACUAUCGCUCGGCUCGCCUCACUUGCUGAUUUAUUUUUCGCCUUUUUCCGCCACUGCGGAGCCCUGUCUCAGGCUGCUGAUGUUAGGAUUCAUUAGUCCACUGCCUAGUUAGAUGUCAUCAAAUAGUUUGCUGUUAUCUAAGAACUGGCCAAUAAUGAAACUUCAGAAUAGGAGAAGUGCUUACAGUGCAACGACAUAUAAACGCGGUACAGUAUGAUAAAGGCGGAGAUAGUGAAUUCAACUAUUGGACCAACGCUUGGCUGGUAAUGGUUAUUCAUUAUCUAACUAAUUUUUUACAGGAAGCUGGUGUAUAGUCUUCUUCUCUUGAUUCGAGAUUCCGUGACAUAUUAAAGAAGAUCGAGGACUUGGUCAUCAGAGACGAAACGAGAGCAAGAAUAAAAUUCGAAAAUAAGGAGUGCUUUCGAGCAGUUCAAGCCUGGAAAGCACAUUUAUUUCGUUCUGUUAAUCAAGAAGAAGUAAAACAGAACGCUCUUACUCAGCUUGACGAAGAAUCAAGCCUGAUUAUCAUGGACUGGGCGAUGAAAUAUCUGCCACAGCACUGCUUGAAGUCUUACAUUUAG